UUUCAUUGGUCUGGUUAACGAAUUGAGGGCAUGGAGUUAGAAAAAGACCUUGGCGUUUACCAGUGUCAUGAAAACGGCAUUGUUAAACUUUAGAAUCCAUUUUUGGACACUGACCGAUACCACGCGUGGGAAGUCGGAUGGACACACCUGGAAUCUAAACCUGUGACUAAAUGUCAGCUGUCAGGUGUCAGUACUCUCUUCCUCCAUGAGAGUUUCGAGGAUAUAGCACCAGAUUGAUGGAGAAUAAUGGCCCGCAUCUCUUUGGACUGUUCCAACUCUUUACCAGGGAUCCCCCUCAGUGUGCUGUCAGUGCCCAUGGAGAAUAAAUACAAAUGUCAGCAGUGUCUCCAGGUCCUGAGGAAGCCUGUCCAGGCUCAGUGCGGCCAUCGCUUCUGUGUUCACUGCUUCAAGCAGCUCACCAGCUCUGGCCCAAAGCCUUGUGAAGCCUGCCGCCAAGAGGAAAUAUAUGAAGAACCAAUUUCCAUUCUAAAUAGUAAUGAGGCAUUCCCAGACAAUGCAGCAGGCAGAGAAAUAGCAAGCCUGCCUGCCAGGUGUUUGAACCAAGGCUGCAAUUGGACUGGAUCUAUAAAAGAGUAUGAGGCUCAGCACGAAGGCCGCUGUGAAUUUGAAAGGGUACAAUGCGAGGCCUGCCAAAGCCUCGUCCUUCGCACGGAGAAAGACAGACAUAACGAGAGAGAAUGCGAGGCGAGAACUCUCAACUGCAAGUACUGCAAAGUGACAUUCAACUUUAAAGACAUCAAGGCCCACGAUGAGAUCUGUGUGAAGUUUCCCCUGCAAUGCAAAGACUGUGGCAAGAAAAAAAUCCCAAGAGAAAAGUUCAAUGACCACAUCAAGUCCUGUGCCAAGUCAAAGAGCGCCUGUCCAUUCAGCGAAGUGGGCUGUAAAUCUGUGAUUGAGAACGGGAAGCUCAGCGACCAUGAGCACGGCAGCACCAUGGAGCACUUGCGUCUGCUGUUGCCGAUGGUCAUGUCUUUGGCUCGGACUCGUGCAGAGGCUCCUGGUGCCGGGGAGUGGCAGGAGGACUGUGGUCUGGGCCUGUACAGGGCUCCUGAGGAGGGAGCCGGAGCUGCAGCCUCCGUGCAACCCGUGGGCUUGGAAAAGAAAGUAAGCGCUUUAGAAAACAUCGUGUGUGUCCUAAACCGGGAAGUGGAGCGUAGUUCAGUUACACUGGAGGCUUUCUCGCAUCAGCAUCGUUUAGACCAAGAAAAGAUUGAAAACCUGUCUAACAAAGUACGACAGCUGGAGAGGACGCUGACUAUGAGAGACUUGCAGCUCUCGGAGAACGAACAGCUGGUCAGAGAACUCCAGUUCUGCACCUACGACGGGAUAUUUGUGUGGAAAAUCUCAGACUUCUCCCGUCGCAGGCAGGACGCUGUGGCUGGUCGAGCACCUGCCAUGUUCUCACCAGCGUUUUACUCCAGCAAAUAUGGCUACAAAAUGUGCCUGAGGCUGUAUCUGAACGGCGACGGGACGGGUCGGGGUACGCACCUCUCGCUGUUCUUCGUCGUCAUGAGGGGCAAGUGUGACGCUCUGCUCAAGUGGCCGUUCAGUCAGAAGGUGACUCUGAUGCUCCUGGAUCAGAACAACAGGGAGCACAUUAUCGACGCUUUCCGGCCGGAUGUCACCUCCACAUCCUUCCAGCGGCCGAUCAGCGAGAUGAACAUCGCCAGCGGCUGCCCUCUCUUCUGUCCGCUGGCCAAACUGGCCGGCAAGAGCCCGUAUCUGAGAGACGAUACCAUUUUUAUCAAAGCUAUAGUAGAUCUUACAGGCUUAUAGGGUGAGACUGUGGAAGCCACACCGAAAUCAAACACAUUGCUACAAUGACACCUAAAUAUAUGAUAAGAAAAAUAGUUAUUAUAAUAAAUUUAUAUAGAUUUUAUAAAUAUAUAUAUAAAAUAUUAUCACAUAUCUGCACUAUAUAUGGAUACUUGUCGAUAAUAUUCGUUACAACAUUAGUGGGUGUCUAGAACAAGGUGGUGAGUCAGGAAUAGUUAUGGGCUCUUUAAUGAAUGAGGGGUCUGCAGACAUUGAACCUAUUCUAACGGCAUUUGUAUUCUGUCUUGUAGCUGAUGACAUAAUCUUAUAACGAAUAUUACUUAUCUUCAUUAUGUUAUAUACAGACUAUUAUAACUGAUUAUUGGCAGGCUGUGGUUCUUCACUAUAUAAACAUUCGUCUUGUGCUCUUAUAUCAGUUCAGGACCCCUUCGGUGUAGCAGCUCUUUACCUUCUCUGAUCACUUAGUGAAACACUGAACACAGUUUUUACUUUGAUUAGUCACUUUUUUUUUUCAAGCUGCUGUAACCCUGAUAGUUUAAAUCUAAGCCAGCCCUGCCACAUAUAUCCUAAAUUAACCUACUAACAUUAACCAAAACAAAAAUUAAAUAUGUUAAAUGUAUUUCCACUUCAUGUCAGUGUGAUAAUAUAUUAAAUUGUAAUUAAAACAUAUUCACAUUAGCAAUUUAGGGCCAAUCAUGCAGCUGUAGUACAAGUGUGCAUUUCUUCCACUGUUUUAUUUGACUUUCGCAUUAAAGCACAUAUAUACCAACCAUGUUGUGGUUUUAACUGUUUUCUGCUAUAUUAUAGAUAAACAGCAUCCUGGAUAUUCGACUGCUACUAGAAAUAUUGUAAAACAUCAUAUUAAUGAUACGCAUGAAUAAGUAAAAAUGUCCCAAAUGGUCAGAAAUAUUCUGGAGAACUUGUUUACCACCUUGCUUUUAUUUAUAUUCUCUCUAACUCGAUGGCUUCCUCUGUGUGACCCUGUGAGCGUUUUGUGUACUUCUGCUACAAGCGAUGCUUUUAGGUGCUUUCUCUAAAACGAUAGAACGCCAACGGCAACUAAAAGUGUUUCCUCUGCAAAGUGAAGAAAGAUGCAUAAAAACAACCACAAUCUUCAGACAGGAUCUGUUAACACGGUUAUCUUUGUUGUUGUUAGAAUGUAGGCUUGUGCUAUGCUGGUGAAAAUAAAUAUGCGUGCAUGUGUUUCAACAACAUAGUGCAGAACAGAUCACCCUGUCUGCAAUGUUUUUUUUUAAACCUGCUAGUACGUAGUUUGAUCCUUAUUUUCAUGAGGUGUGACACUUGAUCUGUGAACUGCAUUUUUCUUUCACUUCGAGGGGAUUUUUGUCAGAUGUGAAAAAAUGAAUAAAUCAAUGCUCUUUGUUGAAUUAUGGGAAAUGUAGGAAAGCAGUGUUUUUGGAUUUUAACUAGAAGUCUGUUCCUUCAGUUUGAACAGUUUUUUUGUAAAAAUGUACUCCAUGUCUUAACAGUUAUUUAACUUUAUGAGAGUGCAAUGAUAACUGUCUGUCAUAAGCCUUUAAAAAAUCUCAAAAUAAAUACUGACUAUCUGCAUUGA